AUGUCUCUUCCGGAAAAGCAGUGGGCUCAGGUCGCAGAGCAGAAAGGCGGCCCCCUCAUCUACAAAGAGAUUCCUGUCCCUAAACCCGGCCCUGAUGAGAUUUUGGUCAAGAUCCGAUACUCGGGCGUCUGCCAUACUGACCUUCAUGCCUUGAACGGUGAUUGGCCUCUGCCAGUGAAGCAACCUCUGGUUGGUGGUCAUGAAGGUGCGGGAGUUGUCGCCGCCAGAGGCGAGCUGGUCAAGGACUUCGAGAUCGGCGACCAUGCCGGCAUUAAAUGGUUGAACGGAUCUUGCAUGGCCUGCGAGUUCUGCAAGCAGUCCGAUGAACCCCUCUGCCCUAAUGCCUCUCUGUCCGGCUACACUGUCGAUGGAACUUUCCAGCAGUACGCCGUGGCCAAGGCUACCCAUGCCUCCCAUUUGCCGAAGAAUGUCCCUCUCGAUGCCGUCGCUCCCAUUCUGUGUGCUGGUCUCACCGUCUACAAGGGAUUGAAGGAAUCGGGGGCCCGUCCCGGUCAGACCGUAGCCAUCGUCGGCGCGGGUGGUGGAUUGGGUUCGCUGGCGCAACAGUACGCAAAGGCCAUGGGACUCCGCAUAAUUGCCAUUGACUCCGGCGACGAGAAGAAAGCUAUGUGCGAAGAAUUGGGCUCUGAGGUACGUUCUUUGAACCUUCUUUCAUCAAGUCCCUUCUAA